ACUUCCCUAGAAGACGCGUCAAUCGAUCAAGAGGAAUUAUCCAAAAGCAUUGGCAAGUCGGAGAUCCUUUUCAGCGAAGGCCUUAACACCCUGGUGCACGUACUGCCCUUGUUCGACAGCGGAAGCGGUUCAUUCUAUGACCUGCGUCACUUGAACCUAGCACAUAGUCUUAACCGGCCGACUCGAGCCCUGCGCCCACCUUUAUCGAACCUCGCCGAGGAGAAUAGUCCGCCCGACUACCUGCACGACCUGGCCAGCCUUCUUCAGUCGGGACCCAACCGGGCCCGUUGGCAGUACCAUUUUGUACACCUGCGUCUGUUAAAGACGCUCUCGAAGCUGGAUCCGCAACACGCUGACCUCUGGCAGCGGACCUUUCGACGCUGGAUGGCCUACGCACGCGGCUUCCGUUCCCUGCAUAACUAG